AGUUUGUUGCUUGGCCAGGCCAUUUGCAGCAGUUCCAAAGAAGGCGAAGGAAGAGCGAAGCGUCAUGUCCCGAUCAAAGUUGCUCGAAGCCUUCAAGUUCACGGUCUACGUUACGAUGCCCAUUGGUGUCACCUACGUCUACAUGCAGCCCGAGAUUGUCACCGCGGCCGUCCAAAAGAUGGACUAUAUCAACUACCCCGCGCAGCAGUACACGCGCGAAGAGAUCAUGGACAAGAUGAAGCAGGGCUCGGAUGAGCGCAAGCGUCGCCAGUAAGCUUUGGUCCACAACACGAUCUCUAUGCAGGAAGCCUUCUGGUUGAUGCAAAUGACAUGUUGUCAAGUCGCA